UUCAGACUUGAAAUCGCCAUGUUGGAUUGUAGAGAAUAUUUCACUAGAAUGGAAAACGGUGUAUGAAAAUGGACCCAAAUCGCAGUGGACAAGACGUCUUACGAUGUCAUCUGUGUGAGACACCUAUUCCUUCUAUGUACUGUGAUAUUUGUAACAUACAGCUCUGUAAAGCAUGUGUUGGGGAACAUGUAUCGGAUGAUUUCCAAAAACACUCAGUGGUGCUAUUCAAAAAGCGCGGAUCUACUCCAAAAUGCCCAAAGCAUGCCUCAAAAAUAUGUGAACUUCACUGUGCAGAGUGUAAUAAUUCAAUAUGUGCGAUUUGUGUUUCCUCUGGUGAACAUGAACAGCACAAAAAAGUUGACAUGUUAGAAUAUUUUGAAAAUAAAAAAGGAGAAAGUCAAAUCGAUCUUGAAGAACUGGAGGAAGCAAUUUUUUCUCAAUAUCAAAAGAUUGCAAGCAACAUUCUAAGUCAAAAAUCUGAUCUUCUGAAAAACUCUCAAAAGUUAAAAGCAACAAUUGACAAAAAUGGAGAAGAAUGGCAUAAAGCAAUCGAUAACCUUAUUAAGAAUUUAAAAAUCAUCAUCGAUGAAAUGGACUCCAGGCACAAUGCUGUUCUAAAUAAACAAGAAUCAGAUACUGAACGAAGAAUUUCAGAAAUCAAGCAGGUCAUAUAUGAACAGAAAAAACUUAUGGAGUCGUACGAUGUUGGCCUUGUAUUUGCAUACAAAUCCAAGAAUAAUGAAUUCAGAGAAUUGCCUCCAAAAAUAACAGUUUCCUUACCAACAUUUACACCACAUCAGAUCAACACGGAAAAGAUGUAUGAACAGUUUGGGUUUCUAACAGCAUUAUCAAUAAAAGAUGACGAAAAUGGCUGUACUACUCCUGUAGAUGAUGCCAUACCUCCAUCUGCUAGACCAUUGAUUGAUAAAGCAAAGAUUCUUACAGCAGUAACCACUGAUUAUGUUGUCCAUGAUUCGUUUGUGAGCGUUUGUUGUCUUCGCGAUGAUGAAGUUUGGACAAGUAGCCAUAACAACAUUUUAAAACUGUACAAUCUAAAUGGAAAAUUAUUAAAGUCAAUCAAAACAAGACCGUGGUUCAUUCCAUGUGGUAUAGCGUUGACAGGUUGCAGUAAUGUUGUUUUUGGCGAUUCCUUUAAUGGAUCGUUGAACAUUGUGAAGGACACACAAAUAUGGGAAGUAAUAAGACUACAGGGAUGGACACCACAUGGUGUCUGUAGUACGUCCUCUGAUGACUUACUCGUUAUCAUGGUCACUAAUGAUCGACAAGAAAAAGUCGUGCGUUACUCUGGAUUCGCUGAAAAACAAAGCAUUCAGUUUGAUGACAAAAAUCAACCGCUCUAUUCAGGAAGCAGAAUCAAUUAUUUCCCUAAAUGUAUCACUGAGAACAGGAACUUGGAUAUUUGUGUAGCUGAUUGUGAAGCCGGUGCAGUAGUGGUGGUCAACCAAGCCGGUAAACUCCGAUUCCGUUACACUGGUCCCAAAUCUUAUGUUUUGGACGUUUUUCGACCAUUUGGAAUCACUUCUGACAGCCAAAGUCGGAUCCUGAUAUCUGAUUACUAUAACCACAAUAUUCACGUCGUUGACAAGGACGGACACUUCCUUCGCUACAUAAACAACUGCGAAUUGAGGAGUCCAAGGGGUUUAUGUGUAGACAGCAACGAUAAUCUCAUUGUAGUGGAAUAUGAUACAGGAAAAAUCAAGAAAAUCAAUUAUAACGAUUAAAACGGAUUGAUUUUGUCCAUUACGUUUGUGUAAAAUGAAUGUGUUGUUUAAAACAAUAAAUCAA